GCGCGCCCCCCUCCUCUGCGCCCGGGUCCUGCGCGGAUGGGGGCUGCGCCUCCCCGGAGGAUGCUUCGGAGCGGGUCGCGCGGCGCGGAGCGCAGCGGGUCGCGCAGCGGGUCGCGCCGCGGGUCGCGCCGCCCCUCCGGGUGCUGAAAGGGACAGCUCCGAGGCGGGAACCGGCGGAGCGGCCGUCCGGGCCCCAAGCCCAUGGUCCCCGGCCGGGGCCGGAGCGGGGCAUGCCUUCAUGGCGGUGGCCAGGAAAAUCAAAACUUUGCUGACGGUCAACAUCCUGGUGUUCGUGGGCAUCAUCCUCUUCUCCGUGUACUGCCGGCUGCAGGACCGGUCGCAGGAGCUGGUCCAGAUCGUGCGCCACGCCGACCGGCGGGCACGCAGCCGGCACGCCAAGGCGGCCGGCGCCCUGCUGGACCGCGAGGCCAUCCUGCAGCGCCUGGACCACCUGGAGGAGGUGGUCUACAACCAGCUCAAUGGCCUUGCCAAGCCCAUGGGUCUAGUCGAGGGCCCUGGAGGCCUGGGGCAAGGAGGAAUGGCCGCCACCCUGAGAGAUGACAGCCACGAGUCUGAAACAAAAUAUGAAGAAUAUGGUUACAACGCACAGCUCAGCGACCGAAUCUCACUGGAUAGGUCCAUCCCAGACUACAGACCAAAAAGGUGCAAACAGAUGAGCUACGCGGAAGACCUGCCGCAGAUCUCCGUAGUCUUCAUUUUCGUCAACGAAGCCCUGUCUGUCAUCCUGCGCUCGGUGCACAGCGUUGUCAAUCACACCCCAUCGCAUCUGCUGAAGGAGAUCGUUCUGGUGGAUGACAACAGUGAUAACGUUGAGCUGAAAUUUAAUCUGGACCAGUACGUCAAUAAACGGUACCCGGGCCUGGUGAAGAUUGUUCGCAACAACAAGCGAGAGGGGCUGAUCCGAGCGCGGAUCCAGGGCUGGAAAGCUGCAACGUCUCCCGUUGUGGGUUUCUUCGAUGCGCAUGUCGAAUUCAACACAGGCUGGGUAGAGCCGGCCCUUACCCGGAUUAAAGAGGAUCGAAGGAGAAUCAUCUUACCGGCCAUUGACAAUAUCAAAUACAACACUUUCGAGGUACAGCAGUAUGCCAACGCGGCUCACGGCUACAACUGGGGACUCUGGUGUAUGUAUAUCAUUCCGCCCCAGGACUGGCUGGACAAAGGGGAUGAAUCGGCCCCAAUCAGGACCCCAGCCAUGAUCGGCUGCUCUUUUGUGGUGGACCGCGAGUACUUCGGGGACAUUGGCUUGCUUGACCCUGGCAUGGAAGUAUACGGCGGAGAAAACAUUGAACUGGGUAUGAGGGUCUGGCAGUGCGGCGGUAGCAUGGAGGUACUGCCCUGCUCCCGCGUCGCGCACAUCGAACGCACCAAGAAACCCUACAACAACGACAUCGACUACUAUGCAAAGCGCAAUGCCCUGAGAGCUGCGGAGGUCUGGAUGGACGACUUCAAAUCACACGUCUACAUGGCGUGGAACAUCCCCAUGACGAACCCAGGAGUCGACUUUGGGGACGUCUCAGAAAGACGCGCUCUCCGCCAGCGACUGCAGUGCCGCAGCUUCAAAUGGUACCUGGAGAACGUCUACCCCGAGAUGAGGAUCUACAACAACACGCUGACGUAUGGGGAGGUGAGAAACAGCAAAGCCAGCGGCUACUGCUUAGACCAAGGAGCUGAAGAUGAUGACAAAGCGAUCCUCUAUCCGUGCCACGGGAUGUCCUCUCAGCUUGUGCGCUACAGUGCUGAGGGUCUGCUUCAGCUGGGCCCUCUGGGUUCCACUGCUUUCCUGCCUGACUCUAAGUGUCUCAUUGAUGACGGGAAAGGCAGGACGCCCACUCUGAAGAAAUGCGAAGACGUCUCCCGGCCUGCCCAGAGACUCUGGGACUUCACCCAGAGUGGCCCCAUCAUCAGCCGAGACACGGGACGGUGCCUGGAGGUGGAAAUGUCCAAGGAUGCCAACUUUGGCCUCAGACUGGUGGUUCAGAGAUGCUCGGGGCAGAAGUGGAUGAUUAGAAACUGGAUCAAACACGGACGCCACUGACUCCAGGGCAGGAAGACUGGCACUAGCUGUCUCUCCCUCCCUCCCCACCGGGUCAUCGUCCAGCCUGGUGCUGGACUCCCCCCAUCUCCCCCGCUGAGAACUUCGUGGGAAACUGGCCUCGGGCAGCAGAGACCUGUAAGGGGUGCCUACAUGCGGCAGGGAGUCCUGGGUUCAAGCAUCAAGGCCCCGGACACCCUUCUACUUGGCCUUGGGAAUCCAGGCAAGCCUGGUGGGUGUUACAAAGUUGAUUCAUCAUAAUGGGAUGAACAGACAGUUGGGUGGAAACUUAUCCUCCCUCCUGGAGCAAUCAGAACUGGAUUCCACUUGUGUGGAACUAAUGGAAAUCAUUCUACUGCCUCCCCGAAGGAAAAUUCCUCCCCGGAUGGAGGGCCUUUUAGUGUUAAGUUAUUGACUGGUGCACAACUCCCAUGAUGAAUAAUCAUGUGCCUUUUUACUGUACUUCCUAUUCAAGCAGGCGGGCAGCCCCACCCUUUCAGCAUGUACUGAUUUAUUGUACUAAAGAACUGAUCGUGUAGAUAAACACAUGGCAAAAUACACUAUAUUGUACAUUUCAAA